CACGUCGAACUCGAUUUUCACACUUUAAAUUAAAAACGCGUGUAAACAGGUACCCUCUUUACGGCUGUAGAAGUUUCAGCAGUUUUUGUUACGUCAUGAACAUCCUUUGGGAGAGGAACUGGUUGCGAUUCAGAUGUCGAUGGUGAAUAUGGUGGCACAGAAGACAUAAAGACAUUUUUGAUGUUCAGCUGGAUUCCUCCAUUUUAUUGGUGGUGAUUCGAUUAUGUCAAACAUUUUUUAAGCCUUCACUCUCUAUUACGUCCAGUAAUCAAUCUAACGUAAUCAGAAUAAAAGAAAAAAAAUACUGAGAACUACUGAUAACGAUUGAUAGAGUGCACUUUACGAGUGAACCAAUUCAAUAGUCAGUCAUGAUAAUUAAAUGGCGAAUGGGAGACUCUUCAUGGACCAGUUACAAGAAGUAUAUACCAAAGAGUUUAUUCCGUUCGGGAAUUCAGUUAAAAUAAUUUUUAUGGUACAAUUAAAUUUAUGACUUAUCAGCUGUUCAUUUACAUGCUUUAGGAAAUCAGUGCAAGAAUGGUGGCGUUAUGACAAUGGGUGAGCAUGAUGUGUUCAAAUGUUUAUGCCCUCCAAAGUUUGGGGGUCCGCUUUGCGAAGACACCUUAUUUUGUUACUAUAAUCCUUGCAAGAAUGGCGGAACUUGUAAAGAGGUUGAUCACGGUUUUAAAUGCAAUUGCGCUGAAGGAUUUACGGGAAAAACUUGCCAAGACAAAAAUUUCUGCAAACCCAAUCCUUGCUCCCAUCAUGCCACUUGCGUCGAGACACUAAAUGGCUUCAAAUGCAUCUGCGAAGAAGGAUACAAAGGCGAGAGAUGUAAAGACCUGGAUAUUUGUCUUCCAAAUCCCUGCAGAAAUAAUGGUGUAUGUAAAGAUAUUCAAGGAACUGCAAAGUGUGAUUGUCUACCUCCUCAUAAAGGACACUUUUGCACAGAAACCUUAAUUUGUUUUCAUAACCCAUGCCAUCAUGGUGGAAGAUGUGUGGAGAAUCCAACUGCCCCUUGUGUUUGUGAAAAAGGAUACAUUGGUACCUACUGCGAAAAUCACGUGUGCAAUCCAAGUCCCUGUGUUAAUAGAGGAAUUUGCAUUGUGGAAAAAGGCUUUGGACAUCAGCGAUGGACGUUCAAGUGCGCUUGUCCACAUGGGUUUAAAGGAAAACUAUGUCAUAUUCCGGACCCGUGCUUGGAUUUUAUCUGUUUGAAUGGAGGAACUUGUAUCGAUGAGCAAACUCCAGAAGAAGUUAAUGAAAGGGACAUCGUUCCGUACAUGUUGAAUUUCUACUGUCGGUGUCUACCUGGAUUUACAGGACACAGAUGUGAAAGUAAAAUAUGCGACAUGUGCGAUGUAAAUGCUGAAUGUAUCAACAAUCACUGCGUGUGCAAACAGAACUAUAUUGGGAAUGGCUUUCAUUGCACAGCAAUAAAAGACCCCUGUAAGCCAAACCCUUGCAAGAAUAAAGGCGUGUGUGUUUUGGGUCCAGACAGGUCAUACUCUUGUCAAUGCGAAAAAGGAUAUUGUGGGGCACAUUGCGAAUCUUUUUGCAAUCCAUGUGUCAGCUUUCCGUGCAAAAACAACAGUACUUGUUCUGCCCAUGGCAAUUCUUAUGUUUGCACUUGUCUCCCGGGCUUCACUGGAACUAACUGCGAGCUUCCUUUGCCUGAUCCGUGUAAUUCACAACCUUGUGCUAAUGGAGGGACGUGCAGUUUUGACCCUAUAAAAAAUGAAUAUCGCUGUCGCUGUUUAGGGAAAUAUACUGGAAAGAAUUGUGAAGUGUGUGACUGCCCUAAAGCUCGACCACUUACCAAUAAAAUAACUUUGGACCAAAAGUGUGACGCAGUGGGUGAGUGUUACUGUCCAGCUGUUAACGGAAUGGACACUAUUUAUGAAGAAGGAACAGGUUGCGUCCUUCCUGGUAGUAAUCCGUGUGACUCUAAUCCAUGUCAAAACAAUGGCGUUUGUAGACGAAUCGAGGGCGACAAGUAUUAUUGCCAAUGCACUGAAAAAUAUUAUGGAACAAACUGUGAAUGCACAGAAUGUACAUGCAACAACCCUUGCUUAAACAAUGGAGUGUGCAUAGACAUUGGAACCCACGUGUUCAAAUGUCAAUGUGCUGCUGGCUUCACUGGGACUACCUGCGCAGAAAUUGUUCCAACGAUUGGUCCAGGAUCCUGUCUUUCAAGGCCGUGUUUAAAUGGUGGAACCUGUCUUGACAGAGCAUCUGGAUCUUAUGACUGCAUUUGUCCCUUGCAGUACACGGGUCCUCAUUGUGAUGUUGAUAAGUGUGCAAACUGCGAUGUUAACGCCGAUUGCAUCAGUGGCAGAUGUCGGUGCAGGAUGGGAUAUGUCGGAACUGGAUACGCUUGUGUCAAAGAUGACAGAGGUAAAGGAUGUGGAGAAGUACUUUGCCCCAUCAAUCAGCAUUGUGUACGAGGUUUCUGCAUCUGUUUGCCAGGAUUUCAUUGUUAGUAUUGGCGUCAUCAAGUAGAUGGACCUGGUGGAAGAAAUUGAAAUAAUUCCAAAUAGGAAAUUUGUAGCAUCAUGAAAGUGAAGAUCUAGAAAUAAAGAUGUGUUUGCCACUUUACUAGCUUCAUGUUACAACUUCAUAUUGGAUCAACACUGUGACGAUAGAUGAAAAUCAGGAAACGCUUUCCACUAUUUUUGUUAAGUGGUUUCUGAGAAAGCAAUGAAACGAGCUGAAAUAGGACAGGCAAGACUGUCACUACAACCUUUUCAGGUAUGAACGGUUCAUUCGGUCUUUUAUCCUGCCUCUCGUAGGCAGCGAGGGCCUUAUGCCAAGCCGGCUCAGAGAAACAGGUGGUUCUGAGGACGAGAAUGGCUUUAUCUACGUUACAAAAACAGAAACGUCCACACGUAACUGUGACUAAAACAUAAUUAUAACAGGACCCUGUACUUGAGCUGAUAAUCUCUAAACAACAAAGACAUACGUAGGUCCAUAUAAACUGAGUUAUAACCCAAGAUUGGGUUUAGUA